GGCGGUCUACUCAAUUCCACUUUGGUGUAGCCGUCCACUCUGUAUUUUUCGCUUUCUCCUUCCUCUUCUUUCAAGUAACUGUUCAAACAAAAACUCAAAACUCUACUUAUCCCGAGUCAACCGAAACUGAUUCAAGGUUUGAUUAGAUAACAAUCAGCCGAAGAAUCAGAAGAAAAAUGAGUGUGAUCGAUUUGAUAACCAGAGUCGAUUCGAUUUGCAAGAAAUACGAUAAAUACGACGUUAAUAAACAGAAGGACGUUAACGUUACCGGCGAUGAUGCUUUUGCUCGUCUAUACGGCGUCGUUGAGGCUGACUUUGAAGCUGCUCUUCAAAAAUCGGAGUCGGCGACGGCGGAGAAAAACCGAGCGACGGUGGUUGCUAUAAACGCAGAGUUGAGAAGAACUAAGGCGCGGUUGCUUGAGGAAAUUCCUAAAUUACAGAGACUUGCUUAUAAAAAGGUCAAAGGGCUUUCGAAAGACGAGCUAGAGGCGCGCAGUGAUUUAGUUUCGGCGUUGAAGGAGAAGAUCGAAGCUAUACCGGAUGGAAGUACUAACACAGCUAAACAAACUGGUGACUGGGCUGCACCUUCCACUUCACAUGGUGGAAUCAAAUUUGACUCUACUUAUGAUGGUAGCUUCGAUAAUGAAUAUUUCCGGAAUACUGAAGAGUCGGAUGGGUUCAGGCAGGAAUAUGAAAUGCGUAGAGUGAAACAGGAUCAAGGAUUAGAUGUUAUAGCAGAAGGACUGGACACGCUGAAAAACAUGGCUGGCGAUAUGAAUGAGGAACUGGACAGACAAGUGCCAAUGAUGGAUGAAAUAGACGACAAGGUUGAUAGGGCAACAUCAGACCUCAAGAAUACUAAUGUGAGACUUAAAGAUACUCUCACCCAGCUGAGAUCCAGUCGCAACUUCUGCAUCGAUAUCAUCCUUCUGAUAGUAAUUCUAGGCAUUGCUGCGUAUCUUUACAAUGUGUUGAAGUGAAGCAUGGCGGAAGCAACUUCCACGACUGCUAAUUUACCGGACGCGGAGAGGUGCGGCUUUCGGGUGUAAAUAUGCCGUUGAUGUUAACGGAGCUUUAUCUGAUUGUAUUAUUUUUCUGAAAACUAAUCAACAGAUACAACUUUUUGUUUAAAAUUUUUGGUUUGGUUUGGGUUUUACCUGCUCUUCCUUUGAAAAUGGAAGUUGUAUUUUCUUCUGACACGUGUCUUGACGGCAGUGAGUUAGCAGUAGGUUGAAGGUAGAGACGGACAGUGUCACGCAUGAUGUGAUUUCGUGAUCACGCGCAUAGUAUGAGCGUGCAGCUGUAAAUUUAAAAAUAAAGUUCUUUUUUUA